CUUUAUCCAACACAAGCUUGAUUGAGGGCGUCGGCAGCGUUGAUGCGCGCGUAAAGUGUACUAUUCCAAAUUGUUUCAAGCCCAAUGCCUUUGCAGGAGAAAUGUCCCUCGUGAGAUCCGAGCAAUGUGUCGGACUGAACUCUGUUCAAAGCCACGUUGUGGGUCCGUACUGGGAGCAGCGCCACAACUCGAAACCUUUCGAAUCGCCCAGCACGGCAACCUCCGCCAACUUGGUCAGGGACUGGGAGAAGUAUUUGAGCAGCAGCGGUGUGCUCACUCCCACGGGUGAGCACACCUUUCUAAGCGAAAGGAUCGUUGCGCGAGAGGUUCUCUGGAUGCUGCGCGGCAUCAAGGAAGUGUUCGUCUUCUCAUGGGACGGCUCGGCGUUCGUCGUGAACGACAACAUUCAAAUGCAGCAUGUCACUCAUGGGACCCUCAAGAAUUUUCUCGCCGAUACCUGCCCUUACGGCAGCAUGAUCGUGCACCUGCAAGACUUCGUAUCUGCUACCGUGCACGCGAGUUAUCACCAGCUGGAAACGACGCAAACCCUGCAAGCCUUCGCGAGCUCCGUUUCAUUCUUGUUAAGAGCGUAUUGCGAGAAGUUGCUGGCACUUGAGCGAAUACUCAUAGACCAGGAAGAAACGCUCACACUGGCCAUGUUGUUUCAAGAGCUGCAACCCUACUUCGAAGGCAUAGUAAAUGUCCACAACAUCUUCAAGCAAGCGGUUUUGAGUUCUGUGGGCAAGAGUUCUGCAGAGCAGGGAUUAUGCUUACUCAAUCUUUUGGAGCGGUCGCUGGUUGAUGCAGAAGCGGCGGGUCAAAAGCUCGUCAUGCCACAAAUAGUGAAGCUGUACCUCGACACGAUCAAACCUUACGUUGACUUUGUGGACAAGUUCAUCUCUACAGGAAAGCUCGAAGAUGUUUAUGGGGAGUUUUUGAUUAAGCGGGCUGAGAACAUGACAUUGGAGGAUCCAAGAUACUGGAAGGACUCCUUCUAUAUCAGUGAUCAAGAGAGUUCCAUGUUCCUGAGUCCGCUGCUAGAAUCAAUCAUCUCAGCAGGAAAAUCAGUGGAACACCUGAGAUUUGCCAACCAUGCCGCAGGCAGCAAGAUGGUGGGAAGUCUUCACAAGGACAUUGUAAGCAAACUUCAGGCAAGUGUGACGGUGCAGGAGAUGGUUGACGUGAAUUUCAAAAGCUCUGGUGUGGAAUGUGAGAAUAUGGAGAAAGUUGCCAAAGACAUUGUUGCUUCGCUCGAAACAACAAAAUCGAACAAACUUGUUGGUUUUGAAUUCCCUGCCAAAGUCAAGGCUGUGUGCAGUGUUGGUCAGCUAAACUGUGCUCUGCCAACCAUUCAGAGAGUGAUUGAGCAGCUUGUGAAGGAAAGAUGCUUAACGGCCAGUGCCAAGUUCCUCGGUUUCUUCAAGCUUCAGUCCAAGCUGUUUGAGAGUGUCGAAACUGUUCACAACCACUUCCUCAUGCUUGCUGGCGAGGUAAUGGACUGCUUUACCGCAGAAGUAUUCUCCAAGCUGCUGUCGGGCACACCGGAAAUGUGGCAGAACGGACCCUUCCUGAAUUUUGCCCUCCAGGAAGCGCUGGCGUGGCAAGCCUGUCCUAUUGUGGGGAAUCUCGACAUACAUCUCAAGGACAGCGCUCCCAAAAUGUGGCUGGAUGGAUUCGACAAUGUUGUCCUGAGGUAUUCAGCUGCAUGGCCCGUCACAAUCGUGUUGACCGAUGCGUCCUUAAAGGUUUACAACCGCGUUUUUACCCUCCUCUGCAAAGUGAAGUGUGCCAAGUUUGCCCUCGAAGAACUGCACUUCCGGUCGCUGGAGCCAACACAUGCUGGCUUAUCGAAGAGAUUGAGACAAAACGCUCAUGCUCUCCAGUUACUGAAGUUCCAAGUUUUCAGCUUUUUGAAUGCCUUCCACGACUGCCUGAUGAAGGAGGCCCUGUACGGAAGCAAACUUGCAUUUGACAGGGACCUCAGGGAUGCAGCUGACCUGGACGCGGUCAUCGAGUGCCACGAGAACUUUGUAGCCAAGAUCCACGAACAGUGCCUCCUUGGCGAGAAGUUUGUAGCCAUCCAACAGAUCAUCCUAGCCUUGCUAAAGCUCUGCAUCAAAUUGCAUGUUUUGUGGAACAAGGGUAUUGAGCACAUCAUUGGUUCUCAGAUCAAAGACAUUUGGGACAGCUUCCUCAUGUUUCAUGUGAAAUUUAGGCAUGUGGCUGAAUGUUUCAUCAGCUCCAGUCAUUGUGACACUUCCAGAGUCCUAGCCUUUGCUGCAAAUUCACCCUUCCUUCAGGCAGUGAAGUUGUAGGAUGUAUGUGAAAGGAUUGAUGUUGCCAAAGAUUAGCAUGCUUCCAGGUGCCUAGAGACCUCAACAAGCAUUUACUUUUCUUUGUGCAAAGUUGCAUCCAAAUUUAAAUGUGACGCUAUGGAAAUGUUAGUGUUAUGAAAUAACACUUUCUAUGUGCCAAUAAAGAUGCAGCAGUUAUUCAGUUCUAUACAGCAAAUGACAGCUAAUUUGCUUGAAAACAUUAAAUGUUGAAUUUUCUUAGAAA